CUCAUCGCCAUAUUGGAUCAACUAGUAAGAGAGAAAGAAGGAGUGGAGGUAGAAAAAGGGGAGACUGAGUGAAUCGGGGAUUGCUGUUAUUUUAAUAGCUAUCUGAAUGCGAAAACGGGAAUAAAACCACCAUCGGAGUUCAUUUAUGAACCGAUAACCUCCGAGAGUUCAGAUCGCAGGCAAGACGAGACCAGGAUUUUCGUGUUUUCGCCGUUGUUAGGACUUGUCUGCAGACUAUGACUUCCCUGACCCAGCGGAGUUCGGGCCUGGUGCAGAGGCGGACCGAGGCCUCUCGCAACGCCGCCGCCGACAAGGAGAGGGGAUCCGGGGACGAGGAUUACGAGCCCCGCCGCGGGGAUGAGCAGGAAGACGAUGACAAGGGAGAUUCCAAAGAGACUCGGCUCACGCUGAUGGAAGAGGUGCUGCUGCUGGGACUGAAGGACAGAGAGGGCUACACAUCCUUUUGGAACGACUGCAUCUCUUCUGGUUUGCGGGGCUGUAUGCUUAUUGAACUGGCCUUAAGAGGACGUCUGCAGCUGGAGGCUUGUGGGAUGAGGAGAAAAAGCUUAUUGGCAAGAAAGGUGAUUUGUAAGUCUGAUGCGCAGACUGGGGAUGUCUUGCUGGAUGAAGCUUUGAAACACAUUAAAGAAACUCAGCCGCCUGAAACAGUACAAAGCUGGAUUGAACUGCUAAGUGGUGAGACGUGGAACCCUCUAAAACUGCACUAUCAGCUAAGGAAUGUACGGGAGCGCUUAGCCAAAAACCUGGUGGAAAAAGGAGUGCUCACAACUGAGAAACAGAACUUCCUGCUUUUCGACAUGACGACACACCCCCUGACCAACAACAACAUCAAGCAGCGCCUCAUUAAGAAAGUACAGGAAGCCGUGCUGGAGAAGUGGGUGAACGACCCCCACCGCAUGGACAAGCGCUUACUGGCCCUUAUUUUCUUAGCCCAUUCCUCUGACGUGUUGGAGAACGCUUUUGCCCCGCUUUUGGAUGACCAGUACGACCUGGCCAUGAAAAGAGUACGACAGCUGCUGGACUUGGACCCGGAAGUCGAAAGUAUGAAGACCAACACGAACGAGGUCCUCUGGGCAGUGGUGGCUGCCUUUACGAAAUGAGUUCUCACAGUGGACUGGUAAUCUUGUUCAAAUGUUGCUAUGUCAUGUAGUUUCCUCCGCGUUAUAACUGGGCUUUGACCCUGAGACAUGUAUCAUUCUUUAAUAUUUUCUUUGCUUGUAGAUAAUCCCUUCCUUGCCCUCCUAGUUCGCUGUGAGAUCUCAACAUCUAAACGCUCACGUUACUCCUGUGCAAACAGGACUUUUAAAAAUAAUGUUAAAAAAAUCAGUCUGGUUAUAGAUCCACUCUGUGGGUGAUGUCUUCGGAAUAUUUAAAACUGGAGGGGACUGUUUAGAAAGAUUUCACUUUUAGCCUGGUACAUGACUGAGGCCUUUCCAUGUUUCUGAACAGCCAUUUUCUUUACAGUUGUGCAUUGUACAGUUCAAGGUAAUCCACUGUGACAUUUCAAUGCCCUGUACUGAAGAGUUGUGGCAGGAUUAAAACUAAACACAGCACCUCUUGUAAGUUUCAACAUGCUUUCUACAGGGUCUAGCAGUCAGCACUUUGUACGGUCGCCCCUGUGUAUAGCACGGUUUAGUCUGACUGUUCACCAGGCAAACAGCUGAGUUUCUGCCUAAACCAGAACGAAACACUAGUUGAGGACAAAUAUUUUGCUCCUUUUUUCGAUUUUUGUCGAGCCACGUUUCCCUGUCUUAUAUUUAUGUUCCCUGAAAUUUGAUUUACCAAUGAAUGCUAUAAGAGAUCCAUUGAUAUGUGAUUUUGCUUUGGUGUAUAAGGAAGGUUUCUGCUUUGUGUUUGUCUGUUGUACUGUUCAAAUCUAUAAUCUUGUUUAUUUUUAUAACCUUUUAAAUAACUGAACAAACAAAAACAGCCAACCCAGCUGCCAGUUGACUAAACAUCACUAUUUGAGUUGAGCAUUCCUGGGGUGGAGCACAUUCCACUGUAUUCUGUAAAUACUUUCUUGUAGAAUAAACACCCUGUCUUACUACCCAGUUUUUCGGACAAGAACACACCUGACCCAGAGUUUUGUGUUAACCUCACUUACAGUGGACACUGGGGCUUUAACAGCAUGCGUCAUUAUGGUGUAGUGUUGAGAUCUUCUUAACAGGCACUCCACCCAGUGACGACUAGAUUUUUUAUCUCCCCCUCUGUGCUGUUUGGAAUGGUUGUGAUAUUUUGUUAACAUGACUGUGUAAAGGAAGCCUUUGACCAAUUUGUAUCCUAAGCGUGAGUGGAACCUUCCCUUCUGUGACACAAAUGAUAAGAUAAUGUCUUUGACUGAAAAUGUUCAUAUCCCAUGCUUAUUUCAUGUUGCAUGAUUUUUUUUUUUAAUUUCAAGACUCAAAUUUCCUUACUCCAGAAGCUGAUUUUUACUCAUUUUGUAUUCAUUUUGUUACUACAUUGUGCAAAAUCUUUUUUUUUUAAACUGUUACCUCUAAUUAUGGCUUGCUUUACAGUAGUUUAUCUUCACUUGAUGUAUACAAUACAUUGGGGAGAUAACUCAACACUGAUUUUGGUAUGAUAGCUUAUUCAUGACAGGGGUUUACAGGUAUCUGACUAUGUUUUGUUAAUAUACUCUUGGAGUAAAAAUACUAGGUAAUGUAUAACUGUAGGCUUGAAAUUAAAGGGAUCCCUAAUCUGUAUACUUGCUUUUUACCAUACAAUAAACUAAGAUCUUGAAAGUGCCUGAAAUAGA